ACCUUCACCCGAUCCUUGGCUGCAGUGCACACGGAGCCGCGAUCACGUUUUGUUCCUCUCGCCGCGAAUGGUACCGAUCGGCGCGGAUUCUCGCGCGCACGCGGACGAAUGGACCGCGCGUUACAUAAUAAAAAUACCACCAAGUGAUCCAUUUGCUGAAGAAGAAUAAUAACGAUCGCAGAUUUUUGCGGAGGGAAAAGGCGACAAUCGACGAUCGUCCAAGACGCUGGGUUCAAGAAGAUUGCAUGUUCGUUGCUUCGUGAGUCUUAUUGUCAGUCAGGAUGUCGCGGAGAGUUAACGUCUGCGCCACAGUGCUGCUCGUCCUGUUCGAGCUGACCGCGUCGGCCAUGGUCCUGCCGAGGCCACCCUCGUCGCCUAAUCACAUCCACCAGGAUCAGGAACUGUCCGCGCGUAAAUCUCUCGAGGGCAAGUCUCUGCACAGCAUUACGCGAAACACCAACGUAGAGAGACCCGAUACCGAGGACUACAGGCUCUUCGAGAUCGAGCUGCAGAGCCCGGACGAGAUGGACGCCGCGAAUUUGCAGGGUCUGAUGAGCACGAUGCUGAAAGAGGAACAGCGAACGCCGACGAACGACGACUAUCCGAAUCCCGAAGUGAUCCCGCACUCGAUCCUCGGUGUACGAGACGUGGGCCUGAGUCCGAAUUAUCGUCUGGACACCUUCGACGAUGACAAACGCGCAUCGUUGAACCCACCGAAGCUGCCGAGUCUCGACGAGAAGCUGUAUUACCUGAAGAGCGGCCGGCCCAAGGUUUACGUGAACGUGCGAGGACACAGCGGAUCCUUCCGCAAGGAUACCAUCGCCCCGCCGUCCACGGCGACCCCGAGCGAGGGCGCGGUGGGAUACCUCAGGGUCACUCGACCCUUCGACAGGCAGACCGACUGGAAGACGCGGGACAAGAAGAUUCGACCGCCCAAGAAAUUCGAUCGUCGCGUCGACGGUAUCGUUCUGAGCAACGAGGAGAUCGGCAAAAUGAACGAUCAAGCAACGUCUUAUGGCGCGGACGAACAGUCGACCACGGAGAAUUCCAUGGUCACGUCUAGCGAAUUACCUAAACAGAUACCUGCGCCGCCUAGCAAAGUCCAUGGACGCAGUCUGAUGGCGCAGACCACGCCUGUGCAGAGGUACGCACUUAGGAGGACAGAUAUUCUGCCGGGAUACGGCUUCAUCGAAGAAUAAAAUCAAAUAUCUGUAUGAAAAGGUAAAAAUUUAACUUCUCCGAAAAGUAUGUUUAAUCGCGAGCCUCAAGAUUUCAUGCUUGUUUGAAAGUACAAAAAAAGAUUGAUUUGACGACAUAUUUCGAAAUAAAAUAUUACAUAAUAAUCAUUAACAUUGAUUACACAUACAUUCCUUCUAUCAAAUUAUUAAUUACUGUUUGUAUUACUUAUCGCAAACAUUAUAUGGAUAAUUAUUGGCCAAAGUUUUUCCAUAUUUUGUAAGCGUUAUGAAAUUUCAGACAAUUCGUUGAGGAGUUAACUGUGAUUGUAUGAACAAUAUAUUACUUCAUCUUUAUGAAGUGAACAUCACUUCGUAAUUUUCAUAAUUUUCAGAAUUCGAUGUAAUUAAUAGAAUUAUAGUUCUUCUCCAAAGAUAUGUUUAAAGAUACAUUUCAAAAUUUCAAAAAGCAAAAAAAUUUUUGACGAUUAAUUAUAAAAGAUAGAAUUCCAAAAUAUAUAAAGUGUCAACUUUCAUUGUAUGAAAAUUAAUCAACUUUUUUAUUUUAGUUAGGCUCAAUCUAAUAGGAGAAAAGCUAGAACUCAGUCAAUCAUACCGAAAUUCUGAAAAUAAAAUGUUAUUUUUGUAGAAGUAGUUAUUAAGUCUCGGAGAAAAUGUUGCAACGUUAAAUUUUCUCCGCGUAUUAGUCUUGAACUUAAUUUAUGCCGAAUAUAACGACCCACGAUAUAAAUAUAUAAAUAUUGUUAUUUAUACAGAUUAAUAUAUGCUUGUAAUAUAUA